CGUCGGGUAAUCAUCAACAACAGUCUCAAAACGGUGCGCCCUGAGGCAACGCUAUAAUCGGUCGUUUCUCUCCGAUAAUUACAGCGAGGGAUCGGAGAGAAGUUCCGAAACACUGCAAUGGAUCUCCCACGGAUGAAGCGACCCAUUAGCAGGAUCAACGACAAUAAAGUCCAUACCUGUGGGCUCCCUUGUGAGCAUCUCGAUGACUCCCGCAAAGAAGAAAAAAAGCCCAAAGAUCGUGUCACCAAGAGAUAUACCGUUGAAAGACGACUCGGAGCCCGAAAUGACGUGAAUAUCGCCGGAGAAAAGGUCAUCGAACUGCUUGAGUCGCUUCGAUCGGGAGUCGAAUCUGGUGACUUCGAAGCAAUCUCCGAAGCACUACAUCGAAUGCGCGGUGCAUUGUACUCCACAGAAGACGUUGAUACGGUAGUCAGCGGGAACAUCUACACUCUGAUGGACGCCUGCCUUGAGCUCGAAGAAUUCGACAUACAGCAUAGCGUCCUAUGGAUUCUGUCGAAUAUCGCUUGCGGAGACUCAAAUCAUGUCGCGGAGGUCGCCGCACGCCUCGAGAAAAUUUCGCCCGUCAUCAAGAAAGCCAACGUCGCCGAAGAAACGCUUGUCCAGGGCCUGCGACUGCUCGCGAAUGUCGCUGGGGACAGCCCUGAGUAUCGAGACUUGGUCGUUCGCCACUUCUCUUUCGAGGCUCUGAGGAAAUCCUUCGAAGGAAACAGUUCUGCGCAAGUUCUUGAGGACGCCGUCCGGCUUCUAUCGAACAUUGCCCGGCAAGGACCUCGGGUUGGCGCUCGGAUGGGUCGGAAGAUUCUCGAAAGCUUUUACCAUAUACUCGGUUUCCUUCAUUGUGAGUGCCGAGUGGUCUCCGAGAUCUGUAAGGCCCUGCUUAACGUUCUACAUUAUUUAGAGGAGCCGAGCACGCUGAAUCUUUUGGCGAGCUUAAAGAUAAUGCUGGUCAUGGCUCGUCAUCCAUAUACUGUGCAGUGCACGCAAUCGUGUCUCGGUGAUUUAGUCUUGCUGAUAGCCGAUUUGCUCUCUACAAGCGACGAAUUAUGCGAAGAGUUCAUCGACCAAGGAAUCCUCAAUCCUCUCUCGAUUGUGCUGCAUGGAGAGAUCUGCGAACUAUAUCAACUCGCCUGCUUCGCGAUCGCGAAUGUUUUCGCAGGCAACCCCGCUCUUAUACAGCGAAUAAUCAACAAGGACCUCCUGAAGGUCGUCUUCCACGUACUGGAACACGGGGACUUGGAAGUCCGGCGCGAAGCUGCGAUCGCCCUCUGUUGUUUCGUCGAGAACGCAGACCAUCGACAGCUACUCUAUGCCAUCAAAAAAGGCAUGCUUCCUCCGGUGGUUCGCAUGCUGGACCAUUUCGAUGCGAGUAUCGUUACCGAUAUCCUUGCAUCCCUUCUCAGACUGCUCUGCAGAGCGAAGGACAGAAAGAUGGAGGAUGAGCUGAUUCGUGGCAUGGAUGAGGCUGGAAUUGUUGAAAGACUACAAACCCUCGUAGACCACGAUCACCACCCGAUCUCUCAGCAGGCUGAAGGCUUCAUUCACUUGUAUCUGGUUCCUCGUGGUAUGCUCGAGGUCUGGGUAGAUGCCUCGCAAUUUGAUCCGCCCAGCGAAGAAGAUGCGAAUUGAUUCUUCCCGCAGGAAGUUCCGCGUGGCGCUGACAAUGUUAAGGGCGGAAUGCCGAAUCUCCCAUCGAUACAAUAAUACGCCGUUCCGUUCUUACGUUAUGUACAGGCGAAUAAUCGUUCUGUAUCAAAUUGAAUGCCCAUAUGAGGAACCGAGGGUACGAAACUCCGAUGUGUCGGUGUACCUAAAUUACUGAGCGGAGAUGAAAGAGCACCGGAGCCGUGACCGUCUGAAUAGAACUUGGUCUCGAGCCCGGGGUUGACCGGCAACGAACGCCAGGACUGAAGCGCUGGAGGAAGAUUGAUGAUAAGAGGCCAAACCCCGAUCCCCGACUGGGUAGACCGGGAAAUAUUAAUAUACUAAGAAUAAACUCUCAACACCGAAGUUUCAUUCAGAUCCGGG